GCCGAGUCCCCCCUCCCCGGGCUGCCAUUGGCCUAGCUGCCUACCGCAGCCCGCCAGGCACAAAAGGCGUUGCUAAGUGGAUGCUCAUUUUCCCCCUUUUUAUUUUUUUCCCCUUCCCCCCCCCCCCCGUUUUUUCUUUUUGUCUCCCCCCCCCUUCCCCCAUUCACUACUUCUUAGGUUCACUCGCGCCGUCGCGGCCGCCGCUCCGCCCCGCUCCGCUCCCCGCGGGAGGCUGCGCGGGUAGGGCGCGGAGCCGUCCCGCUCCCGCCAUGGCCUAAAGUGGGCGGCCGGAGCAGAAGAUGAGUUUCCCCGCAGAGGACGGCGUGGGCAGCCUCUGCCACAAAGCGCUGCAGAUCAUCUCGGAGCUGUGCCUGGGCGGGCAGGUGGAGCGGGAGAAGUGCGCCGGCAUCUUUCCCCUGGAGACCUCCCGGCAGGGCAUCGGCGGCACAGACAUCUCAGUCAGUCUGUUAGCAGUAGUCGUCAGCUUCUGUGGGCUUGCCUUGCUGGUAGUCUCACUUUUUGUCUUUUGGAAGUUGUGUUGGCCCUGCUGGAGAAGCAAACCUCUCACUUCUAAUGCCAGUAAUGCCGCCCAGAGCAACUCCAGUGCUCCUACGGAGGUUUUUGAGACCACUGAGAAAAAGGAAGUUAAAGAAAAUGGGAAACCUACAACAAAGGUACUUGAAGCUGCAUUGAAAAUUAGCCACACUUCUCCUGACAUACCAGCAGAGGUCCAGAACGCGCUGAAAGAGCAUCUGAUCAGACAUGCACGCAUGCAGAGGCAGAUCACUGAGCCCACGUCAUCAUCAAGGCACAAUUCUUUCAGGAGGCACUUGCCAAGGCAGAUGCAAGUGUCCAGUGUUGAUUUUAACAUGGGGACAGACCCGAUUUUGCAAAGGGGAGAGACAACAACCAGCAUUGGGAGAAUAAAACCGGAACUCUACAAACAGAAGUCUGUGGAUUCUGAUGGGCAACAAGAAGAUGUGAAAACAUGUGGAAAGCUUAACUUCACUCUCCGGUAUGAUUAUGAGAAUGAACUUCUGGCUGUCACAAUUGUCAAAGCCUUAGAUCUGCCUGCUAAAGACUUCACAGGAACAUCUGACCCCUACGUUAAGAUUUAUCUGCUCCCAGAUAGGAAAAAGAAGUUUCAGACACGAGUUCACAGAAAGACAUUAAAUCCUGUCUUUGAUGAAACCUUUCAGUUUCCUGUAGCCUAUGAUCAACUCAGCAACAGGAAAUUGCAUUUCAGUGUUUAUGAUUUUGACAGAUUUUCUAGACAUGACAUGAUUGGGGAAGUUAUUCUUGAUAACCUUUUUGAAGUCUCAGAUCUCUCCAGGGAAGCCAAUGUAUGGAAAGACAUCCACUGUGCCACCACUGAGAGCAUAGAUUUGGGUGAGAUCAUGUUUUCCCUUUGUUAUUUGCCUACUGCUGGGAGAAUGACAUUAACUGUCAUCAAAUGUAGGAAUCUCAAAGCAAUGGAUAUAACUGGCGCAUCAGAUCCAUAUGUCAAAGUGUCACUGAUGUGUGAGGGUCGAAGACUGAAAAAGCGGAAAACGACCACAAAGAAGAACACGCUCAAUCCCGUUUAUAAUGAGGCCAUCAUCUUUGAUAUCCCUCCAGAGAAUGUGGACCAGGUCAGCCUCUCUAUUGCAGUGAUGGAUUACGAUCGAGUAGGGCACAAUGAGGUCAUUGGAGUAUGUCGGACAGGAAUUGAUGCUGAAGGGCUUGGAAGAGAUCAUUGGAAUGAAAUGUUGGCUUACCCACGUAAACCAAUAACACACUGGCAUCCACUAGUAGAGUUGCCUGGCCGAGCAACCAGUUUUGAUAGCCAGGGAUCUUGUUCAUCACCAAAACCACCCCUUACGCCCUAGGGAACAAGAGCGGAUUCAUCGUGUUCAGUGUCCAAAGCUCCCUUGUAGCUCACAUCUACAUAAACAGAAGGUUUGGCUUUCGCAGAUGAACUGUAUCCAUAUUUUUUUAUUAAAAUACAUUUUUCCUAUUCUAAGUAUUAUAUUACAGUUUAUAAUAAUUUCUUAAUGUAUGAAUGAAGUUGAAUUGAGCCAAAUAUAACCCUUCCUCAUGCAAAUUCAUUCACCUGUUUUCUUGCUGACAUAUAUCCAGCGUCAUAUCCAAGCAGUGCUUUGAUAUGACCUAUAUCUUUGCAUAGACAAAGAAAUUAGAGAAAAAAAGAAAUCCCUUAAGCAGUUCAAAACCACUCAUGCAGCUUGUAAUGCCUAAUUCUUUUGAGAGAGAGCAAAUAGUCAUGUAUAGCUAAUGCAGUAAAUUUCUUCUAAAUUGCACUAAAUCCUGUGUGACAUCUCAAGAUAGCAACUCCAAAUGAAUGUUGCAUGGAAAAAACAACUGUUGUCAUGUUUUGGGUGUUUGGAAAAUCAGUUCAUCCCUUGGGCAGGGAGGAAGGGCUUAUCAAAAGCCCACUGAAGUCAAAGAGAAGGACCCUACUGGCUUCACUGGGUUUUAGUUCAGCCUUUGGAACAGGUCUCACAGCUGGAUCUAUGCAGUUACAAUCUUCCAGCAAUCAAGACGCCGGCUGCCCCUAGAGGAACUCGUUAGCCUCUUCACCAAAACAACCAGGCUUGAGCCCAGGCAGCUGGCUGUACUCUGCAGCUAUUUUGCUUCAGCUACCCACCAGCUGAUGAAGAGCUAGCUCAGAUGUCUCUGCAUGACACUGAACAGCACAUGUACGGGUAUUGAUCUGGAACGCUAAUGUGUCUGCAAUGAGUUGUCUGGAAGUUGAUGAAGCUCCAUAGAGAUAUAGGUGUCUCCUAAUGAGAUGCAUCCAGCCCCUUCGAAGCAGCUAAUUUGCUGCCAGCAUCAUGCAGCCCUUACUUGGUCUUUACGCAGGUCAAACUGUAGAUAUGAAAACGCUUUAAAGGAAUUGAUUUAAUGAAUUUUAGCUGUUAAAAAAAUUGAUGAAAAACUGCAAUUCUGCAUAACAUUUUCUGAUUCUGGAUUUAAUGUGACAGUAUUAGAUUUCUUUGAAAUUAUUUUGACUAAGUGCACAGCUCGCAAUAGUUUCUGGUCCCUGGCUGGAUAACUCUAGUGUUCUAUGCUAAAUAUGAAUUUGAGAUAUGUUUUCUGUCAAUAUAAUUGAAAUGUAACAAUUUUAUAAACUAGUAAACUCAUUUAUUGGAAUACACAGUGACAGCAAAUGCAAAAAAGUAUCAUCUGAAGUGAGCUGCUUUAAAAACUAGAAGAGAACUACAUAUUAUUUUGUGGAUUUAGCUCUUUUUAACACUGAAGUUUACCUCAAUUGGAUAGUUAUUUUCUUUCUUUUCUUUUUUUCUGGGUGUUAGUUUUUUGUUGUUGUUGUGGUUGGUUAGUUGGUUGAUUGGUUGGUUGAGGUUUUUUGUCUGUGAAAAGCAUAGCAAAGACUUCAUGACUGGGACUCAGAUUUUGAGAGCUGAACUGCAACUAGGAAAAAGUUGACGUGGUGGCUUUUUUUGUAAAGUAUGAAGAAAACUGAGAAGAUAGAUAGUAUUUUCCAAAACAGCAUUUUUACAGAAGUGUUGUACAUGAGAAAAAUGCCAAUGGAAGAUUGGUUUAUGAUAAUGGAAGCAUUUCUGAGAAUUAAUCUAGUUAUGAAGGGAAAAAGCAGUUUAGACAGACUUCUGAAGAACCAUUUUGGCUUGGUUGGUUUGGCCUGGUUGACACACAAUCCAUUUAUGAAGAACCAGUCCCUCCAGUCCAUCAACUAAUCUCUAAGUCAAAUAUGCCUUGAAGUGUCUUAACUGCUCCAGGAAAGUUAGGAAGGCUGGUCUUAAAAUUGCAGGUGUUUCUAAGGCAAAAAAAAAAAAAAAAAGCAGCAGAUUUUAUACCUUGCCUUCUAUGCCU